AUGGAAUGGGUCGAUCUAAGGCAGGCUGAGUCCGGCGUUGACGUGACGCUGGUACACCACGGAAAGGACGAGGAGAAGCUGCGCGUGAAGUAUCUUGUAGGAGCGGUGGGCGCAAAGGGUCCUGUGCGCAAGCUCGUUAGUAUGAGCCUAGUCGGCGAGACGCGCAAGCCGCGCGCGGUCAUCGGCGAUGUUGAGCUAUCUGGCCUGGACGAUCGGUUUGUAAAUCUCUCGGAGCUACUUGUUAAGGCGGCGGUCGACAUUGAAUGCCUCCAUGAGUGCUUGCGCGAUAUCACGCGGAAUCCGGAUAUCAAGAUCACGAAGAUUCGUUCUUCAGCGGAGUGGCGACUAAACGAGCGUGUGGCCGGCAAGUUCAGCGUUGGGGGUGUUUUCAUCGGUGGUGAUGCCGGACACGUCUACAGCCCCACUGGAGGGCAAGGCCUGAACACCGGUACACUCGGCAUGAUGAACCCACCUGGAAGCUCGCAACGUGCACCGGUCGUACACGCAAUGCUAAACGUCACGCACGCGCUAGCGGACAAGCUGUUCAAGUCCAACGACAACGAGCGUGGAGCCGCCCAGUCGCGCUACGCCAGCUCAGCAUGCGCUAUCGCUGGAGUUGACGCCGGACCCGUUGAGCUCGUUGGCGCUUUUGCCUCGGCGCAGAGUGGCUUCUUCAUCCGUGUAAUCGACAAAGGGAUCCGGUUCCCCGUCAGCCUGCGUGGCUGUGGUAUCCAGCCUCGCACUGAAGAGGUGUACCAUCUACUGGGUUGCCUUUCGGACGAUCUUGAGACGGCUGGCACGUACUACGCUCAGAAGGCGCACGAUUCCGGAGGUAAAAUCAUCGAGAUAUUGACGGACGAGGACUUGCUCGUUCAACGCGAUCCGUUACCAGAGAUACCCUUCGUCAGUCUGCAGCUUACCACCAAACUCAUCCAACAUGAUACAAACUGCGCUAUCCUUCGCGAUCAUUUCAAGAAGUACGGCGUCGAGGUUGAGCUAUCAAACGUGCUCAUCGACCUGAAGCACGACGAGUCGGGCGCUGACGUGGCGCUCAACUAUUCAGGGAAAGAGCGGAAGCUUUGUAUCAAGUACCUCGUCGGCGCCGUGGGUGCAAAAGGCGGCAGUUUUGACCGUAUGUCUUUGCUCAACAUGGCUAAACGGGCCGAUCAGAUCCAGUAA